AUGUUUAACGCACAGUUAUUAGAUGCUACGGCUGUGAUUUUCGACAAUGGGUCUGGGCUCUGCAAAGCGGGGCUAUCUGGGGAGAUCGGGCCCCGCCAUGUCAUCACCUCGGUCGUAGGGCACCCGAAGUUCAAGCUGCCUUCACUAGAAGCCAAUCAGAAGAGGGACUUUGUGGGGGAAGAAGCUCUGUACAAGCGAGAGGCCUUGCACCUGAGUAACCCCAUCCAGCGGGGCCAGAUUACAAACUGGGACGACGUAGAGAAGCUCUGGAAAUACCUGUUUGAGUGGGAGCUGUGCGUGAAGCCCAGUGAUAGGCCAGUGCUUAUGACAGAGCCCUCCUUGAACCCAAGGGAAAGCCGCGAGAAGAUGGCUGAAGUGAUGUUUGAGAAUUUCAACGUGCCUGCCUUCUACCUGUCAGACCAGGCUGUGCUGGCACUCUAUGCCUCUGCCUGCGUCACAGGCCUGGUUGUGGACAGCGGGGAUGGAGUCACUUGCACUGUCCCAGUCUUUGAGGGCUACUCCCUGCCUCACGCGGUGCACAAGCUUCAUGUGGCUGGCAGGGAUAUCACAGAGCUCCUUACCCGGCUCCUCUUGGCCAGAGAGCAUGCCUUUCCAUGCCCACUUGAGAAGGCCCUGGUGGAUGACAUCAAGGAGAAGCUGUGCUAUGUGGCCUUGGACCCAGAGAAGGAGCUCUGCCAGCGGGCAGAGGACACCCUGAGAGAGUACAAGCUGCCUGAUGGGAAUGUCAUCUACAUUGGUGACCAGCUGUACCAGGCACCUGAAGUCCUGUUCUCACCUGAGCAAUUGGGUGUCCACAGCCCAGGGCUGGCAAAGAUGGCAUCUAGCAGCAUCACCAAGUGUGACACCGAUAUUCAGAAGAUACUCUUUGGAGACAUAGUGCUGUCAGGGGGCACCACUCUGUUCCAGGGAAUGGAUGACAGGCUCCUGAGGGAGUUGGAACAAUUGGCUCCCAAGGGGACCCCCAUCAAGAUCACUGCGCCCCCGGACCGCUGGUUCUCCACAUGGAUUGGAGCCUCCAUUGUCACCUCUCUGAGCAGCUUCAAGCAAAUGUGGGUCACUGCCACCGACUUCCAUGAGUUCGGGACAUCUGUGGUCCAGAGAAGGUGUUUCUGA